AUGGCGACUGCACAAGGUCAAGAUGUGAUACGGAGCAGUUUAUGUCCAGAGCCUGCAGAAUUUCACUGCAAUUUGUGCAGUACGGAUAUAUGUAGCAGCUGCGUUUUGAGACACAUGAUGGAUAAAUCGAAAAAUCACGAGGUUGUUGCAUUUGAGAGCAAAAAGAAAAAAAUAGAGAACCCCGAGAGUCAGUCUCACAAAAUAAAAUGCGAGACAUAUUGUCAUAAUUGCAAGGCGUCCAUAUGUAUCAAAUGCCUCAUCGGUUCACACAAAGGGCAUGAUGUUACGGAAAUAGACGAAAUAGUUCAAAUGCAGCGAAAACGUAUUGAGUCUGAUACAGAGGCAUUAGAAGGAAAUGUAUUGCUAAAAAUUACCCUUAUGAAAGAAAAUGUUUCCUCAAGCAAUGUUAUGGUUGAUAAUGUCAUCUAUGAGCUGACUCAAAGAGAAAACCAAAUUAAGGCUGCGGUUCACAACGAAGCAGAGAAGAUAAGGAAAGAUGUUGUUCUUGUUAAGGAACGAAAUAGAGAUGUCAUUUCAGAAAAUCAGUCAAAAGUUUCUGAAUUGGAAAGCAAACUAAAGCAAGCGAUAGAAAAGAAUAGACAGAUUUUACAGUCCCGACAGAUUCAGGAUAUAUUGAAUUAUGAGUGUAUCAACGAAAAGUUCAAAACAGAUUUAAAUCUCCAAAAGUGUGUUCAUCCACGUUUUGUAUGCAGUGAAAUUGAAAACGAUCAAAUCAUUCGUUUGCUAGGUCAUAUAUCCUGUGAAGAGGCCAAAACAGUCAAACAAGAUUUACAUUCAAAAGAAAGCCCGGAGAUAAUGUUUUCAUGUACAAUUCAGGGUUCUAACAAACCUCUUUGGAGAAUAAUGUGUGUAGGAAAUAAUAAACUGUUAAUAAGUGGCGAGAUAAACUCCAUUAAGGAAAUAGACAGGAAGGGGGCAUCUUUACAGACUUUUAACACUUUAAAAUCCCAUGUAGCUUUCUCGUUUGAUAACUGGAAAUCUUUAACAUUUGCAGUAAAUGAUGACUCCAAAAUCUAUAUUGUCAAUUGCAACAAAGUAGAGAAAUAUUUGAAUUGUGAUGGUUGGUUACCAAAGGGUCUUUGUCAUCUGAAGAACGGAAGCCUGUUAGUAAGCAUGCGCUCUUACGAUGAGAAGCAAAGCAGAGUGAUAAGAUACUUAGGGACGGAAGGUAUACAGAAGAUUCAGUAUGGUAUCCGGAAACAGCCUUUGUUUUUCUGUGAAGUUUCCUUUAUGCUUUUGCUAACUGAGAAUGGUAAUGGGGACAUCUGUGUGGCAGACUAUGGAGGAAGCGCAGUUGUGGUUUUGGAUUCUUUUGGUGAACUACGUUUUAAAUAUGAAGGAAACAUUUCCAAUCAGUCAAAAUACAAACAAUUCCUGCCGAUGCACAUUGCUGCUGAUGUUAACCAUCAGGGGCCUAUUUUGAUAGGUGAUAGUAGAUAUAACAUUGUCCAUAUCAUUGACUGUGAUGGCAACUUUGUCCGUUAUAUAGAACAUCCUUGUAAUGGGGGACUUAGUGUUGAUACUGACAACAAUUUAGUUGUUGGUGAUAGAAAAAGUGGAAAAAUUCAAUUCAUCAAAUAUUUGGAGUAA